CGGAGGCGGCCUGGGACCGAGGUGACUGGGAUGGAGCAGAAGCGCGCCUGGCGCGGGAGGACACGCUGCUGAAGGUGCCGCGCUGCCUUUCCCCUUGCCUCGCUGAGCCGUCCCGGCCAUCCGCGCCUCUCGGCUCUCACCGCCGCUUGCCGAGGAGAGGAGGAACCCUCAGCGCCCGAGCGCUUCGUCAGUCGGCAGAAAGUCCCUGCCGCCCGAGCUAGGCUGGGCACCAAGCUCCAAGGUACCAUGGUCUGCAAGACGCUCUUCGCUCUUUGCAUCUUCACGGCAGGAUUGAGGGUUCACAGUCUGCCUACAUCAGCCAGCUUGCCUGUUUCUCUUCCGGCCAAAGUGACUCCACCACUCACCAUCUGGACUAGCUCUCCACAAAACACCAGUGCGGUCUCUGACUCCCAAGCCAGUGACAUCCCCAGCACCUCGGGCCUCCCCAUUGCAGUCUUAGCCCCAACCUCAACACUUCCCAAGAACAAUUCUACUGAGACCAGGGAAGGGGCGGUCACCAACACAGCCACGAAAUGGGAAGCUACAACCCAAGACUCCUCCCCUGGUAGGAUCUCCCCAACAAGCAGCAGAGACCACUCAACGCCUGUCUCUGGGAGACCCGGCUCGGCCACUCCUGAAAUACCUGUUCCAGCCACAGAAUCACAAACCUCCACGCAGUCUUCCACAUCCAUUUCCCCACAAACUCCAGUCUCCUCCCCACAAACUCCAGUCUCCUCCCCACAAACUCCAGUCUCCUCCCCACAAACUCCAGUCUCCUCCCCACAAACUCCAGUCUCCUCCCCUCCAGCCACAUCAGCUUCACCCCCUGAGACUCCUCCUGCCUCUGUCAUCUUGGAGCACAACUCCACUGUGAGCACCCCGCAGCCCAGUGGCACUCCAACCACACCAGCUUUUCCCACAGAGGAGGGCAGCUCCGCCAUUCCAUCCACUGCACAGCCCACAACCGAGCCCAUGCCCAAGGAAGGAACGCCCCAAGAAACUGAGUCCGGCAUGGUGAUGUGUGAAUUUGAGACCACCACACCCUUUGUGAUUAUGCGGGAAGUGGAACACGCCUUAAGUUCAGGUAGCAUUGCUGCCAUCACCGUGACUGUCAUUGCCGUGGUGUUGUUGGUGUUUGGAGUGGCCGCAUACCUGAAGAUCAGGCAUUCCUCCUACGGAAGACUUUUGGACGACCAUGACUACGGUUCCUGGGGCAACUACAACAACCCUUUGUAUGAUGACUCCUAACAGAGGACCUGGCCUGGGAUGCGAAGUGAACUGUGCUUUAUUUAUAAGUGCUUAGCCAGUAGAAUUAAUAACAAGUACCUGAUGCACAUUGAA